ACUCAAUUUGAGCAGCAUCGGCAUUACUAUUAUCCAAACGCAGACGUCAAAAAUUAUUCAAAAUAAAUUGUGUUUUUCUGUAGUUCUAAUUAGAAUUUUUCUAAAAUGGCAACAUUUCUGAGAAUUCUAACUCCUUCACUGAGGACUGGUUUGAAGAGUUCAAAUGGAGUAUUCCGGAGCUCCUUUGCCAUUGCUCGUUUAAAUAGCACGGAAGCCCCAAAAGCUGAAGAAACUAAACCUACUAUUCGCAAACAAGAUCCAGUGCAGAGGGAUAAUCUUACGGAUUUUGGAAAAUAUGUGGCUGAAUGUUUGCCUAAAUUUGUACAAAAAGUGCAACUUACGGCCGGAAAUGAAUUGGAAGUGUUGGUGUCUCCGGAAGGUGUACUACCUGUUCUGCAAUUCCUCAAGGAUCACCAUAAUGCUCAAUUUGCAAAUUUAACUGAUAUCGCCGGAAUGGAUGUACCCUGCAGGAAGUAUCGUUUUGAAAUAAUCUACAAUCUUCUGUCUUUGCGAUACAAUGCUCGCAUCCGGGUGAAGACAUACACGGAUGAAUUGACGCCCAUUGAUUCUUGCAAUGAUGUAUUCAAGGCAGCAAAUUGGUAUGAACGGGAAAUCUGGGAUAUGUAUGGUGUCUUCUUUGCCAAUCAUCCCGAUUUGCGACGCAUCCUCACUGACUAUGGCUUCGAGGGACACCCACAGAGGCGUGAUUUUCCGCUUUCUGGAUACGUCGAGGUGCGCUAUGAUGAUGAGAAAAAACGCGUCGUGGUGGAACCUUUGGAAUUGGCCCAAGAAUUUCGUCGUUUCGACUUGUCAGCACCGUGGGAGCAAUUUCCUAACUUCAGGAAGGCCAACCCUGCCACUGAGGCAAUUGAAACAAAGAAGUAGAUUGUAUUUAUCUGAAAAUUAUUAGGAAAACACGUUUUAAACUCUAUUGGAAAA